AUGAAUAAUUCGACUAUGAACUUCACCACGCCUGAAGCAUCUACAAACUCCACAAAUCAUUUAUUUGCGAUAAUAACCAUACUGGACAUUUAUAUUUACAGCUUCAAUGUUUUUCUCGGCUUUCCUACACACUUCUAUAUUAUAUUGCUCAUCGUCCAAGGAACGGGAAAUGGAGUUGCAUCAGACUUCUUCAUCCUCAAUCUCUCUGUUUCUGAGAUUGGUAUUUGUCUGAACUCUUUGUUUUCUGUAUUUUAUUAUUUUACUGGGGUUUUAUAUCUACGAUUAUUAGGGUUUUUAUUAGGACUACUUGUCACUGGUCGUCCUCUGUUUCAGUGUCUGAUCUGUGUUGAGCGUUACCUGGCAGUGGUUCAUCCUGUAACCUUUCUGAAGUACAAACCUCUCAGAUAUAGAGUGAUCUGCUGCACUCCGGCCUGGAUAAUUUGUCUUGGCUCUUGUUUGUGCUGCAUGUUUACUACAGAACAAUUUAAUUAUGAGUUGUACAUAUACUUCUACUUGAUUCAGUUCCUCCUCUUCUUCUCCAUCCAGUUGUUUUGUCUUGUGACUGUUCUCAGAGCUCUGAAGCAGUCAGGACCAGGAGAGAGAGGGAGAGAGAGAAAGGAGGAAAACUGCAUGAAGAGAAGAGCAUUUCGUCUCAUUCUAAUAACUACCGUGACUAUGACUAAUAUAUAUAUGCCAUUAAUUAUCUCAGGAUUCUAUUUCAUUCUUACUCAGCAGUUUAUUGUGAACCUUUUUUCUGUUGGUUUGCUUUGUUUUAUUCUGGCUGGUUUUGUUCAGCCUGUUCUUUAUCUGCACCGGGCUGGAAAGCUUUCCUGCUUUUGUUGUUUUUAGUAUGUUUUAAUUUUCAAUGGAGAACAUUUGACGCUCUAAAAAAAAAAAAAUAAUAAUAAAUUGCAUUGC